AUGAGGUCCCAAGCUACCUUAGCCCUGGCUGAGUCAACUUCAUCUACAGACUUGGUUCUUAGAGGAACGAUACUGGACGAAAGCCAGAUUCUUGCUGUCGUCAACUCUUGGGCUGGUACUCGAAAAGUCUCUGGCAGUCAGCUCGUAAGUCGGGACUACGACAAAGAAAAUUACUACAAUAUCUCCAUACCUCGCAAAACUCAUAGCCCUGAAGGGGAGUCCUCGUCUCAAGCACAAGCCGACAUCGAUGGCCAGUCGGUCCGCAUGCCCAUGAGCCAAUAUGAAUUGAUGACUGCGGCUAAGGACAUCUUGUCUGCUCUCGUACAAUUGGAACGAAAGUGCAUCUUGAUCGAACAGACUUCAGGCAAAUUCGCAAGGCCUAGUAAUGACGCGAAUAAGCCCCGACUGAGGGCUAUCGGCUCUGAGCGUGAUCGUCUACUAGUCAAGAUUCAUGACCAGCUUAUUGAUAACCCUCACCCGGCUGCCCGUUCUGCGCAAAAGAAACUGGCGGCGAAGUAUGACAUGACGCGAAUGAGAAGGCGAACUAAAAGGUAUGAUCGGGACAAUGUGCUAGAGGUAACCGAGCCUGAGGUGCCGAAGGAGUCACUUCAUGAACCAUGUCCUGAAUUGGAUGAGAUACUCAAGAUGAUAUUUGAGGUCUGGGAGAGACUUGAUAAAUACUUCGACAAGGCGCCUGAUGAACCUAGUUACCCUACUAUUCUGGAUGAAUUGUGCCUUGAAUUUCCCCACGCCGUACGGCAUCUAUGCACAACCAUGCCGUGGACGAUUUGGCCAGCUCUGAUAGUACUAUGGGGUGUCUGUUGGAUGUUCAAGCCAUCCGUGACGGAACCCGUGAUCUACUGUCGUAUGGGCACCACAUCCCCCCCAAGCCCAGGGCUGGAUCUUGGCGCCUUCCAACAGCCCUGGAGUGUUUCCGACCAUCAGGAUUCGUACCUGCUAGACUUCGACUCCAAUCCUUCCUGGUUGGAAAUUGAUGGCAUGGGAUAUGGAUAUGAGCCUCCGAAGAUUGAUGACUUCGGGCUACACAAUAGUGACAUGGCGAGGGAGAUAUUUGAUCAUGUUUCUGUCUCUGAGACUGGCAUGCUACAAGAGUCUUUGCCGAACCACCGUCAAGGCUCCAACCAAGAUGAAAACACAUCAUCCGAAAACUAUUCUAGUGGUGAAGGAGAGAGUCAGGGACCAUCGGCUUCUGAAAUUUACGAUGAUACACCAAAUCAUCCUUCAAGGUAG